AUUCAGUUACCAAAAAGAGAUCGUCUGCUCUUCUCUCUUCUCUCUUCUCUCUUCUCUCUUCCCUCCUCCCUUUUCAUACCUCUUAUAUACCUCCACAACCUCUUUGCCUCACUCCUCCCUUCAUCAUCCUUCUCCACACCUAACACCUCUGGUCUACCACACCAUCCUUUGCCUCCCCCUCUAUCCCUCCAUAUUACUCCAUCAAGCAGCUCGCUCCACUACCGCCCCUCCAUCGCUAUGUCGGUCGUUUCUCUUCUUGGCGUGAAAAUCGUCAAUAACCCUGCCUCUUUCCUCGACCCCUAUCAAUUCGAGAUCACGUUCGAAUGUCUCGAACAGCUGCAGAAAGAUCUGGAGUGGAAGCUCACCUAUGUCGGUUCGGCGACAUCCUCCGAAUAUGACCAGGAACUCGACUCCCUGCUGGUGGGACCGAUCCCCGUCGGUGUCAACAAAUUCAUCUUCGAGGCCGACCCCCCAGACCUCAAGCGCAUCCCUACUUCCGAAAUUCUGGGAGUCACCGUGAUUCUUCUCACUUGCAGCUACGACGGCAGAGAAUUCGUCCGUGUUGGCUACUAUGUAAACAAUGAAUACGAUUCCGAGGAGCUCAUGGAGCAGCCGCCGGCUCGGCCAAUCAUCGAACGCAUCCGUCGGAAUAUCCUUGCUGAGAAGCCCAGAGUAACCCGCUUUGCCAUCAAGUGGGACUCGGAGGAAUCUGCCCCCGCUGAAUACCCGCCGGACCAGCCCGAAGCCGACCAGGAGGGCGACGACAGUGCUGCCUACGGUGCAGAGGAAGCAGAGCUGGAAGCAGCCCUUUUCAAGGAGCUCAACGAUUUGGAGCCCAAGACCGAAGAUCAAGAGAUGGAGGGUACCGAGGGCCCUGCCGCCAAGGAGGAAGAGGAGGAAGACAUCUCGGACGCCGAGUCCGAGGAUAUCGAAGAUGAGAGCGACGAAGAUGAGGAGGAGCUCGACGAGGAAGAGGGCGACGAUGGCGAUGAGGACGUCGAGAUGGGCGAUGAUACCGAGCAGAAGGAUGAAUCCGCCGGAGGCGCCAGUAACAACAAUCCCGCGGCCCAUCAACAACAGCCCGAGCUGAUGGUGCACUAAAGCAACUGAAGAGCCUCGAAGUUAUACUACGUUUCUUUAUUCCUAUCUGUCGAAUGAUUUUACGAUUGGGUUGCAACGUGUUUCAUGACAACAUAUCAUCUAUCAUAUCCCUGCAAGUAUUUAGCUUUAUGACAUAGACCCGACCAGCCAAACCAACAUAAUUCGAAAAAAU